AUGGAUGGAAAGACGGACGCGGAGGUUCGUAGAAUCCACGUCCGGAAGGUUCUUACACUAAUGCGAGAGCAUAAGUUGCUCGCGAACCUCAAGAAGUGUAUAUUCGCAGCGAACAACAUACCAAUUCUUGGCUGCAUCGAGGGUAAAAACGGUGCACGCCCUGAUCCGAAAGAGAUCAAGGCGAUUAGCGACUGGCCUGUGCCAGCCGACGUCAAGGGACUUCGAAAGCUCCUUGACUUGGCGGCGUACUUGCUCAAGUACUCGUGA